AUGGCCGAACUCAGCAGUAAAGAGCACGUCGAUGCGGCAACUCAAGAUAGCAAGCACGAAAGUCAGGCUGUCGAAGACUUUGAAAAACACAGUGGUCCUCCAGAGAACAAUCUUGUUUACGACAACGCCGACGAAGAACCUAUUGUUCACCUGCGAACAUGGAUUGCGUUGGCCUCGAUGUUCUUGAUGAACUUCGUCCAGACUCUGGCACUUCAAGGCCCCCCUUCUGUCCUCUCCAUCAUCGGCACCUCCCUCAACAACACCCAAGCCCAGACCUGGGUCCCUGGCGCCCUUACCCUUAUGCAGGCCGUCAUCUCUCCGCUCGUCUCUUCUAUAUCGGACACCUUCCAGGCACGCAAGCUGCUGCUCGUCGGAGCCUCUGUCGUUUCCUUUGUCGGCGCGGCAAUUGCACCCGGUUCAACUAACAUUUACCGGCUGAUCGGGGCUACCAUACUCAUUGGCGUUGGCUUCUCGACCGUCGGUUUAGCUUUUGCCGUCCCGAGCGAAAUCCUACCACGGAAAUGGCGGCCAAUGUCUCAAGCGGUCAUGAACAUCGCCGCUUGUCUUGGCGCAGUGGUUGGCCCACUGGUCAUCGGUGCGUUUGCAAAAGCGGAUGUGAAGGACGGCUGGAAGAAUUUCUAUUGGGUACAGAUGGCCCUCUGGGGCAUGACAGCCAUCGGUAUUUUCUUUGGCUAUCGACCCCCAAAGAGACAUACCCAGCUCGAUCACCUGUCCUUCUGGCAGAAGCUCGCACAUCUAGACCUACCGGGAUUUGGUCUGCUCACAGCUGGUAUCACCCUGUUCCUUGUCGCGCUCAACCUCGGAGGGGGUCUCUUCCCGUGGACCAACGCCCGAGUACUGUCUUUGCUGGUCAUCGGGCUAGUAACACUUGUUGGUUUCGGAGUCUAUGAGUGGAAAGGGACGAAGACAGGCAUCCUGCAUCAUGAGCUGUUCCGAGGAGGCAAGGCCGGUGGCCGCACCUUUGCAAUUUGCAUUGUACUCAUGAUGGUUGAAGGCAUCAUGUUGUUCUCUUAUGUUAUCUUUUAUCCGGUCAUGACUGCCAUAUUGUUCGAACAAGAUCCAUUCCUCCUCACUGUCCGUGGACUGCCAUUCUGGGUUGUCUCGGGUCUGUCCACCGUCGGUUGGGGUUACUGGAGCAUGCGAUUCCGAACCAUCCGCAGUCCGCUAUUCGCAGGUUUCUUAAUUUUCACGGCUGGACUUGUUGGCUUCGCCACCAUCCGACCCGGAGACGAUCUCAACUGUCUCAUAUUUGCUGGCCUCGCCGGUCUCGGCUUCGGCGCCCCCCUCGUCCUCGUCGUCACGGGCGUCCAACUCUCUACACCCCACCACUUGAUUGCCACCGCUACAGCCGUCACAACUUCUGCCCGCGCGGUCGGUGCAACCGUGUUCACGAGCGUCUUCAGCGCUGCAUACAGCUCCGAACUCCAGGUCAAGCUCUAUGCCAAGAUAGCCGAAGCCGCGACCAAGGUGGGCUUGGCCGCCGACCAUGUCCCGGCCUUUGUCAGCGCUUUCACAGCCCAGGACAGCGGAGCACUAUCUGCUAUUCCGGGAGUCAACUCUACUGUUGUUGAAGCGGCGGCAUCAGCAAUGAGUCAGGCGUACGCAGAGUCGCUGCACGUUGUCUACUAUAUUGCAAUCUCCUUCGGUGCCGCUGCGUGUCUUGCGUGUUUCUUCUUAGGUGAUCUGCGUAACACUAUGAACUACGUUGUCGAUGCGCCUGUUGAAAGCCUGACGGCUAAGAGACACGCAGCUGAGAAAUAG